AUGUAUCGUAUGAUAGAGCUUCCCAUCUAUAGAGAUGCUCAGUGGACAUUGCCCAUCCGUAUAUGCUGCUUUGGUAGGCAACGACAGGAGCGUCUGCAGAUAGUGUCUGAGGAGCAGGAGCUUAUGGACGAGGAUAAUGACAAUUAUACCGAACGAGCUUUACACGCAUACAGGAUGGGGUAUUCUAAGAAGCGACGUAGGAAUGAUGCUGAUGAAGAUGACGAAGAAGGAGGCUAUAGAGAUUAA